AUGACGCAAACUGAGAGGCUGCCACGAAUCGGCGUGCUGGCCAACGCCGACAGUUGGUACUUUCACGAUCUCGAGCGAGCCGGCCGCGGUUUGGCGAGCGUCGAGCGGUUGGAGUUCUCGGCGCUGCAGUCGCGAAUCGGCGGCCGCGAGUCAAUUUCGGCGGACUCGGUGCUGAGCGAUCGCUUCGAUGCGGUGAUUGUCCGCACGAUGCCGCCUGGUUCGCUGGAGCAAGUCGUGUUUCGGAUGGAUGCACUUGCGGCGCUCGAGCGGCAAGGGGUCCUCAUCGUCAAUCGGCCGAAGUCGAUGGAAAUGGCGAUCGACAAAUAUCUUUCCCUCUCUCGCCUGGCCGAAGCAGGUUUCCGAGUCCCGGAAACGCACGUCUGUCAGACGUGGCAAGAUGCGAUGGCCGCCUUCGAGCAGUUGGGGCCAUCGGUCGUGGUGAAGCCGAUCUUCGGUGGAGAAGGGCGGGGCAUACUGCGAGUGGACGAUGCCGACUUGGCACAUCGUGUUUUCAAGACGCUGCAGCAGCUGGGACAAGUUAUUUACUUGCAAAAGUUCAUUUCCCAUCCGGGAGCCAACGCGACGCCGGAGCCCAUUCCAGGCGAAGUCGCUGAGGUGGCACUCAGAGCGGUCGAAACGUUAGAUCUGACGAUCGCCGGGCUCGACUUCCUGCCAGACGGACAAGGGGGCUGGUAUUUACUGGAG